CCAUAUUAAAAUAGAGUGGCCUCACAAGAUUUUUUUUAAACGGGGCAUUUUUCAUUUCAGUAUUUGAUUUAGAACUUUUUUCUUUUUUUGUGUAAUUUUGUCAAUGUAUUGAGUUAGCAGGGUCAGGUGAUGACAGUCUUAAAAGGGUUUGCUCUAACAUAAAAUAAUUUUACUUUUUUUUUUGUAGCGCAUAUUUGAUUUACAUACCUGGCUUCUCUGUGUGCUGAAUAGCCACUUACAAUUCAAGCCAUUGUUUAGUUUUGUUUUUUGUUUUUGAGGGAAAGUGUUCUUUUUCUUAAUGCAAAAUCACAUUUUUCUCUUAGUAUUAUGUGAACAGGCUGUGCAUUAACGAGCCAAUCCAAUGUUAUUUUCCUGACCAUAUAUUCUACUUCCUCAGUCUUGUGUUGAGAAGUGUGGCUCUCCUCUAGCAGUGGUGCGGUGGGCUUUGUUCCUUCAGGAUGUUCUGAUCUCUACCACACGGGGCGCCAUCUUUUCCCAUGCAGACCACCCCCACAUCCUGAUGCUGGACUGAUCCUUUGACUCUAGUCCAGGUUUGCAGCAGCUCUGACCCAGAUUAAAUCAGACUUCAUAACAAGGUGCACAUAUGAGCUCAACGCAGUCACAGUACAAGACUGUCAAUACGAUGUAAAAAGGGCUUUCUGUGUUCAUGCUCAGCAAACUGGGGGCAUUGCAUUCCUCGUCUGUUUACUUUGUGUGGAAAUGCCUUCAGUGACUUGACCUGAGUGAGAUGUGCUUUAGUAGGGGCUCAUCAGACAUAUCUGUAUCAUGUGUUGUGAAUGACGGUAGUACUAUACAGCACAGGUUUAUGGGAGCAUACCGUUGGGCUGAGCACUCAUUUAUCAGAUCAUGAAUGUAGUUAAGUUUGCUUUGGGCUCCAUGGAAAUUGCCGCCAGCUGAAAAUAUUUUAAUCUUAUUGCAGUAUGAUUGGUGUUUAUAUAGUUUUGUUAUUUCGGACCACAAAGAACACAGCUUAUUUUGGCGUUUUGCCUUUGAAGUACAUUGUCUCUUCAUAUGUACAGGCUCAUGUUGAAAGCAUUUAACUGGGUGAGCGGAUAAAGUGGUUCACAGUGGACUUGAAUCAGAUGGUUAUUUAGUGUUUCUGCAAAGUAUCUCCCUUUUUGUACACAGAGAAAGGUGUCCAUGCUUCUUCUACUUAUCAACAUUGACAAGCAGCCUUAAUGCUCUUUUAUGUGUUUUUUUGGCUAUUCCUUGUGUCUAUGGCCACUGACUGUACUUGAUGACAAGCAAUUGGUUGUAACAAUGUAAUUUUGGGUCGGAUUUUCUUUUUGUCAUUUUCCUUCUUCUCUGUAUACAGUGAUCUGAUGUUUCAGUAGGCUCAGUAUUAAAAUCUGUAAUGUGAUUAGAGUUUUACAAAGAAUACAGAGUGCAAUGGAGGACGAUGCCAUUAUGCUAUCAAGUGCUCUCACUUGUCUUUGGCAUUAAAGGGGAAUUCCACUAAAUCUGACUCCUAUUGUUCUUCAGCACAGACAGGGCAUUCACAGAUAUUACAUUUGGAGAUAAAAAAAUUAAAAAUAGAAUAUAUUUUAAAAAUGUGACCAAGACUUGGCAGGUCUAUCAAACCCUGUAUUUGGCUAACAAUUUACAGAAAAUAAUUUAGUUUAUGUGCAAAUUGUUUUGUUCACACUGAGUAGGUUCCUUGCUUUUUUCUUUUUUUUUUUCAUUCAUUGAGACCAAAGCUUAAGACCUGAUGCGUGAUGCGAAAGGUCACUGUAAUAAAUAAAAUGCGAUAUAAAACAAUUAUACAAGACAUCUAUUGUAGCGUGAGUAGUGUGGUCAGCAGCUGUGCCCUGUCUAACACUGACCCCACCUGGUGAUUUAGUUUAUUACACCUCUCUUUCGAUUAGGCCUAUAUGUGGGGUAUUUUGUCAUGUUCAAGCAUGUACCGAGCUUUCUGCAUAGUUUAGAGAAAAAGUAAUCAGAAAAUAGAAGAUAGGCCUAAUUAAACAUCUGCUGUGACCGGAUUUAUGUUGAACACAAGUGGCACCAUGAAUACAAUUAAAAAGAAUUAAAACUGUCCAUAGUAAUAGUCUUCAAAAUAAUGUGCAUAGGCGAUGUCAUAUUAAUAAUAAUAAUAAUAAUAAUAAUAAUAAUAAUAAUAAUAAUAAUAAUUUCUUUGUCUAAAUUAACCCCCAAUUUGGUUACUGUAAUUUUGUUAAUGUGGGAAUAGGCCUAGAAUUUAAGAACUUGUCUAGACAUGUUACAAAUAUAAAUAUUCUUGAACCCAAGGGAUCAAUAUGAACCCAUUAUUGUGAGACCAUAGGCUAUGUUUUAUUUUUUUAUUAUUAUUAUUUAUUUAUUUAUUUAUUUAUUUUAUUUCUUCACUUUGCUUUCUUAUUUGGAUGUUGAACCUGGGCCUGCAGACUUUGUAAUGUUUUUUCCUGUGUAGGUCUAUACUAAAGCCUGAGUGUGGUGCGUGAAACUGGGACGAGACAAACGACAGGUGUCACUGUAUCCAUGCGCGUUGUGUGCGUCCUCACGCAUCAAUGAGCGCCACGUCGAUCUAAAGGUGUUUACCUAAAACACUCUCUGAGCUUCUGUACGAGUGGUAUUUUGCCAACCAGGAGGAACAGACAGGACAGGCCGGCUCCGUGUUCGGGCUGGCGCAGUGGGUAAAGAGAACAGAACUCAUAUUGGCUGUUACAACCACACGUGUAACAAUGGUACAAUUACAUUAGCCUUGUAUUAUUAUGUAGGUCUAUUGCAUUUGUGCCAUACGACAGAAAAAUGGACUACGGUCUCCUGGGCAACAGGUGAGUGCGUGUGACGUCAGCACAUGGGUGAAAGUCCUGUUGACACUAAGGGCACCUAAAGGACACACAGACACUACAGGAGAGGCGUUGUUAGCUGUGUACCAUACAGCAUUUAUAGUCCAUGCAUGUAAUAGUCUACAUAGGUCUACCAGGCCAGGAAAAUUUAAGGCCAUAAUAAAACACCAGCCGGGCUCACCAAUCAUUUGGUCUAUUUGUAUUUCAGUAACAGAAAAUAGAAAGUAUCUUAACUUAACCAUAAGGUUCCAAACAGUAUAAUAUCCUCCAAGAAUAUUUUAUUUGACUUGUAAUGGUUUUCAUAAUUUGUUGAAAAUGUCACCGCUUUCCUCCUCUGUUCACAAAAGUCUCAGGCAUUUGUACUGGAUCAGAGAUUAGUCUACUUUGUCUUCUUGAUUAAUGCAAAUCAAUGCAGAAGAACAGUAGGCAACAGACACAGGAUAGAAGCACUGCUGCACAAAAGCACUGUCAGAACUAGAGUACAGAUUUCAAUGAUGCUGUUUUACAAUAUGACCACACAGGAUGAGGAUGAGGAGUAGAAUGCGAGGAAGACUGUGCAGCAGAACUUUGUGUCCUCCCACACUUCCCCAGGAAUUUCAUCCUCCUCCUCCAUCCUCCAAGGGCAGCCAUCUUCCCAGAGACUGAAUUCAAAUGUGAAACCACAAAACCAAACACACUGUUUCUGAGAUAGCUGUAACUGUGAAUCAGAGGCAGCACUGCGCUCCAGCUCUGGGAAAUGAUGGCUCCCUUGAUAGAACAACAAAUAUCUUUGAUAAAAUGAAGCCAAAGCCAUCAUCAGUGGCAUUAAGGAUGGGAGAUUGAUAACAGAAAAAGUUUCAAAGAUAGUCCUCUGGACAGUGUUGUUGAAAUUGAGACAUUUUCACUUCCAUCCCAAAGUAAUUUUCAUGCUGUACUGGUCUGAGAAGCUAUUCAUACUGGUCUAAGGGGUGUAUUUAUUUCUGCCCUAUACCCUGGCACUUGACUUGUUUUGUUGGUCAGGGUUAUUCUCCGUUUGAAACAUUUUCUAACAGGGACUACUCAUGGAAUUACAGAUUACACCAAGAUGUAAGAUAGACUUGAGGGUUUUAUAAUGUCGCAUGAUAACAAUGUUUGCAAGUGGGCAGGAGUGGGGUAAGCUUUCACCUUCUAACCUCGAAAUAGCUGGCUCAGGUUUUGCGCAAUGUUCACCCCAUUCCACAUUUCAACUGCUUUGCUCCAGACACAGUCAUGUGGCUUGUGGUAACAGGAAGGGCAUCUGCCAGGUCAUCUGUGAAUGGUGAAUUGCAGAGACCUCCAUGAACAGUAUUUGUUCAGAUGAUUUUAAAUAUUUAAUCGCUUUAAUCUUCUGAAGCUGAGCAACUAUGAGUCAUACAAAAACUGAGAACAUUUAGGAAUUGCACACAUUAGGUGCACACAUUAGGUGUGCACUUCACCUCGGACUAUAGUCAUCACAUGGUUAACACUUUGCAGUUAUUUUUCCAUGGGGCAUUUGCUCCAAUGGAUCUACAUUGCAUUAUUCUGUAAUAAGACAGUACAUAUUGCCUGAGCUCCCAUUUAUUUUAAUUUUGAUCAAAACUUAUUAAGCUUGUCAAGUUUUGAGGCCUAUAUAUGAGCAGAUAUUUGAAAGAAUGGUUAAAUAUAUAUAUUUUGGUGAGAGAAAGAUAAGGUGCCAUCAGUAGGCCUAUAGGGAGUAAGAACAGACUUAUGACAGAUGCUUUUACAGCAUGUCAGCGUAACAUCUUUACACUAUGCCAUAAAUGUGUUAGUUAGGUAAAUAUUUAUCUUUUACAGCUGACAUGUACCACCAGGUCAACCAAAUAAUUGAGUAUGGACAUCUUAUAUGUUUACACUUUGUUUAUACAGUCCACUGUGUGCAAAGUAAUAAAGAUACUUUGUACAAAAGUAAAUGAGCCUCCUCAUUUAAACACUGUUUCCACAAGUAGACUAUGACGCUCUGUGUAAACUGCUUCUUUCAGUAAGAAGAAAAUGAUCAAGGGCAUACGCUGCUGUGAAUGCUGUAAUCUCUUACACAGACAUCAUAGCUGAAGGCAAACAAAAGUAAAUGCCUAGUAAAUGUGUGAAGUCAAUACAAAAUGCCAGAUAAAAUUGAAAAAUCCAAGAUGACAAAAUUUGUUUCGACAGAUGGUGCGAGUUAAGAAUACAGGGCCAAAAUCCAAGAGCAUUCAUAAUUCUUCUCUCACGGAAAAAUGGCCCUUCUACCCGCUGAGCUCAAAAAACAAAAAGAAAAGUGAAGAGUGAAGGUCCAUAGCGGGUACGUUGAAUGCUGUUAUAAUCUUAUGUGGUUACUGUUACCAGCCAUAGCUGGAUUUCUAGGCUAGUGCCUGCGUAAUGACCAAUGGUUUGAUGCGCUUUUGAUAGCAAUACCCGUCCCUUGUAAUCUUAAUAACAUACUAUAUUAAGUUAAUGUCAGUUAUACAAAUUAUUUUGAAGCAAACAUGAUAGUGGUUUAGUGAAAGUGAUCGUAAACCGCGACUUUCACCUGUGGAGAAUGUGUAUGUGAUACGCUCCGUGCGUAAACGUGACCAACUGUUUCAGACUGUUAUAAAAAACAGUUUAUUCUACUUAAGCUGAUGUCUAAUGUCAUAUGCUCUCAGUCUUUGAGACACACGCUGCCUUUGCUCUCUACACUGUAGUUAGUAGGAGCCGGUGUGUGCGCGUUAUAAAGUGAGGGAGUGGCGCUCUGGUUAACACUGAGGGAGAGACUCCUCGCGCAGACAGCAGCACGGCAGCGCCCAGGAUAACACGAUUAGCGCUCUAUUAGUCUGCUGGUGAACACAACACACGGACCUGUGCGUGCGCCUGUGGACAGAGGCGACAGAGACUAAAGGAAAAGGCUCCAUGGAUUCUGUCCGUGUCAUUCUGAACUGCGUAAAGAAGUUGCGCACCGGGCAUUUUUGGUUAUAAUUCUUUGCAGCUCUGUGUAUUUGAUGAUGCCACAGUCUCUUCACUGAUACAAUGAGAUUAUUCAUUAUGAAAGAGAAAAAGCUCGAGAGGAGUCGUUAUUUUCCAUUUCCGUGGUUUCGAAGCCCCACUGUGAGGCACUAGCUCUCUGCCCUGACCGGAGGGUUCUGUGUAUCCUCGUGUGAACUCACAUCUGUCUCCAUGGGGUUUGACAAUGACACCAACGGGACCAUGUCCUGGGCGCCGUUCAGUGUGCAGACGUCCGUUCUGCUGACGGUCCUGGUGAGCUUCAUGAUCCUUCUGAUAGUGUUUGGAAACGUGCUGGUGGUGAUAGCAGUGUUCACAAGCAGAGCCCUCAGGGCUCCUCAGAACCUUUUCUUGGUGUCUCUGGCCUCUGCAGAUAUCUUAGUGGCCACGCUGGUCAUGCCCUUCUCAUUAGCCAAUGAGCUGAUGGGAUAUUGGUACUUUGGGGAGAUCUGGUGUGAGAUUUACCUUGCACUUGAUGUUCUGUUCUGCACCGCCUCCAUUGCCCACCUCUGUGCUAUCAGCCUGGACCGCUACUGGUCCAUCACGCAAGCCAUUGAGUACAACCUAAAGAGGACCCCUCGCCGCAUUAAGUGCAUCAUCUUCAUUGUAUGGGUGAUUGCAGCUGUGAUCUCAUUCCCACCCCUGAUCACCAUGAAGAAGGAGAAGAACAAAGAGCACCCCGUGUGUACCAUCAAUGAUGACGAGUGGUAUGUCAUCUCCUCCUGCAUUGGCUCCUUUUUCUUGCCCUGCAUCAUUAUGGUCCUGGUCUACAUCCGAAUCUACCAAAUUGCCAAGAAGAGAACUCGGGCCCCCACUGGAGACAGAAUACCAAAGGCAAAUGCAGUGGACCACAAGCACAAUGGUUUGGAUGGAGGCAAAGAGGAGGACAUCAAGCUGAACGGGGAACGGGACAUUGAACUGAAAGAGCAAGGAGGAGAAGGCGAUGGGGUCAAAGGUGAAGUCAAUGGAGUGGACAUUGAAGACUCGUCAUCUUCUGAUCAUAAAGUGAACAACCCCUGCUCCAUUAAAAAGAAGAGCCACAAAGGUAAAACCAAGCUGUGCCAAAUCAAACCAGGAGACAAUGAGGUGCCCAAACGUGUCCAGAGCACAAAGGGGAGCAGGUGGAAAGGCCGACAGAACCGUGAGAAGCGUUUCACUUUUGUCCUGGCAGUAGUGAUAGGGGUUUUUGUCAUCUGCUGGUUUCCGUUUUUCUUCACCUACAUGCUCAAGACAAUAUGCGUAUCUUGCUAUGUGCCACUGACUCUGUUCAAAUUCUUUUUUUGGUUUGGCUAUUGCAAUAGUGCACUCAAUCCAAUCAUCUAUACUAUCUUCAACAAUGACUUCAGGAGGGCCUUUAAAAAGAUACUCUGUAAGAGAGACUCCAGAAGAUAUGCCUAAAAGCUUAUUGGACUCUAUUGGACUACAUUAUUGUAUAUAAAGUGUAAAGGAAACGCAUGGACAUUCACUUUUCACAAACCACUGCAGAAACACCACAGAGAAUGUCUUUAAUGCAAAUACAAUUUUUUUUUUAUUUUUUUACAACUGAAAGUGUAAAUAUAUGUAUUGUAGGUUUAUUUUUGUUGUCAUUGAUAUAGUUCAGUGCCAUAUGAAGUGACAGUUGAAUGUGGGUUUUGAUGGUUUUGACUCUCCAAGCAAAGCAAGUUAAGUAUAAUAUUAAGUAUCUUUUAUGCCAAACAAACAUGACAUAGUGAUUGUAACCUUCACUUGGCCAGACAUACAUGCAGUGAUAACCUUAUAAAUAGGGCUUUUGUGCCCCCAAAAUUAUAAGCUUUUUAUUUCAAAUGUGUGAGUCAAGCCAUUAUAACUCAAAUACAUAACUUCAUAAUAAUCUAAGGCAGUGUUAACGGUUCAUUUGCUGUUUUGUGUUACCAAACUAUGUGUCGCACAGUAAAGAGUGGAGCCUGUCAAACCAGAA